AUGGCUCAGAACCCCUCAGCAACUCCAGUGGCCAAGGUGCCCGUCCUGCUUCUCAAGACCAAAUCAACCCCAGGCGAUUCAUACGAGGACCUACUCUCACGUGAAAAUGACGGGUAUGCCUUUGAACCAGCUUUUGUCCCGGUCUUACACCACACCUUCCAGGAACAGGGCAUGACGACGGUGAGGGACGUCUUGCAGCACCGUGGCAUCAAUGCUGGCACCGACGCCUCUUAUGGCGGUCUCAUCUUCACCUCGCAGCGAGCGGUGGAGGCAUUUGCCAGCCUGGUAGAUGAAAGAAAGGGCACUGAAGAAGACUGGCCCCAUCUCCAGGACGUGCCAGUCUACAGCGUUGGCCCAGCCACCACACGAGCUCUCCAGUCCACCUCACAGCAUGCCCCGUUGCAGAUCUUCGGCGAGCACACGGGCAAUGGCGAUGCCCUGGCCAAGUACAUCCUGGACCAUUACGGCCAAUGGUACCAAGGACGGCCGACGAAGCCACCGCUUCUCUUCCUCGUCGGCGAGCAGAGACGGGACAUCAUCCCCAAAACCCUCAUGAACACCAAAUUGCCCAGCGAACAAAGGAUCCAAGUGGAUGAGGUCGUGGUCUACGGCACAGGCGUCAUGGAAUCUUUCCCUCAAGACUUUGAGAAUCACCUGAAAGCCACCGAGGACCGGCCGACGCGGUGGGUGGUUAUCUUCUCCCCGACUGGCUGCGAAGGCAUGCUGCGCGGGCUCGGAAUGCUGGACGAGUUCACGGGUAAGGUCAAGAAAGACGGGCUGGAGGGGCGAAAAACAUUCAUUGCAACGAUUGGCCCGACGACGAGGGACUAUCUGAGACGAACAUUCGACUUGGAUCCAGAUGUUUGUGCAGAAGAGCCAAGUCCAGCAGGCGUUCAGCGAGGCAUCCUUGACUUCAUGGGAAAGCAUACAUGA